AGCUCCCUUAGUAACCAGUCUGACAACUUUCUUCCUGCUGAUUUUUCUAUUGACCAGUGAGACCUUGCUAUGAAUCCAGGGGGCAACAGUGCUGUCUCCCCACAAGUCUACCUCAUUCAGCAACCAAUUACUCAAGAGCCAGAACUGACCAUUCUCCAUCAGAUGCCAUGGAUACUUCCUCAGUCCAGCUGCACAAGCUACAUUAGAGAAAAUUUAAUAGAGCUAAUGAUGAUACAAAAUGCCCAGAUGCAUCAAGUGAUAAUGAACAAUUUGGCUAUGUCAGCAGCAGCAUGUUUUGAACACAACCCAAGCCAGCAGAUAUCCCUUACCCCCUGGCAGACAGAGCAGGAAGAUGAGAUUGAGAUGGUAUUCCACCACCAUUAUGCACCAUAUCCAAGCACCCUUCCAUUCAGAACAUGGAAACCUCCAUCUCAGUCUUCAGAUUUGACACAGCAGCAGCCUAUCAUUCACCAUGUGGGCCCAGAUCAGUCAAUGAGGAGACACGAUGAUGGUCAAGCAGUACCCCCACCCCCACCACCAAGUGCCACUGGAACAGUCACAGCCGAUGUACUACCAGCUUCAGAAUACUAUGACUACACUGAGCAAUGGAAGUGAAAUUAAAGUUUCAUCCGUUCUUCAUUUCCAAAAAGAUGCAGGUUCCUAGUUGCCAGAGGCCUAAAAAGCUCUUCUGAAUUUCACUCUAGCCAACCGGGAGUAUGACAGGACAAACUUUGACUGAUACUGGUUUCCUUAGGAUCAAAGCCUAAGAUCAAAGGCAAUAUGUUUAUAUUUGUGCACAUUUUUCAAAGUUUGAAAUAAAUUGUACAUUAUAUUAUACAAGUUAUACAUAAUGCCUCUAUGGACAAGUGCUGCUUCCAUUUUCUACAAAGCAGCUACACUUUAAUAUUUUGUCUAGGUUUGCCAGGCCCUCUUCCAAGAAGUAUAUAUCUUUUUAUUAUCAUUACAAAUUCUUGAGCACCAGAAGAUUAAGUGUAUAGUAAUACUUCUUCACUUUUUCGGCUUUGGGCUGGCACCUGUUAACGUCAUCUCAGUUUGUUUGUUUGUUUGUUUGUUUGUUUAAGCUGAGCAUCAGAGCAGCCUGUGUCCUUCUUCAAUAGAUAUUCCUCAAUUCUUCUUCACUUCAAGAUAUUCAAGUGGUAUCAACAGCAUUUUUAGCCAUAUUAAUUCAAGUUUUAUUUCUCCUAAUUCAGAAUUUUUCAUUAAUAGGUUCUGCAUAUAAACUGGG